GUUCUAUUGAUUUUGACUUUCAGGAGAAACGUUUGGCAGGCCAGUCCGCGAGUUGGUAGUAAGAUUUCAUGGACAUGGUCAGUUCUGGGCAUGGCUUUAGGCAUGGUUUGAUGUAGUAGACAUGAUUCAUGAUGAUCCUUCGAGUGGCUACUUGAGUAACCCAUUAACCAUUUUGUUUCUUACGCGUAACAAACUACAACGACAAGAGGAACUUCAAAUUAUCAAAUAGCGCACAAACAAGACAAAAUGGUGCAGCGGAAGAAAAGGCGCAUGGUGCUAGACACCAUCGACGACAACGAAGCUGUUACUGCUCCGGAUCAUUCGGCUACUGCAGAUGUCAACGACUUACCUCCAAAUACAGGAGGUUCGUCUGCUAGUGGUGUCGCCCGUGCUCUAGGGGCUGGCAAGAAAACUGAUGACUCACCAGGAGGGCUCUUCGGAGGACAUCAGUUUAACCGGGACACGUUUCCGCAGGAAGAGCAGGAGAGAGCUGUGGCGGAGGUACAUGUUAAAAGUGGUUUUUGGUAAAAAUAGCAAAUCCACAUUUGUUGUUGUUCUGUUCUUAUUGAUUUCAUCACUAGGUUUUCCACAACACCCAAAGCAAUACAAGCACAACACCAUCAUCACCAGCAUACAGGGAAGAUCCAUCCGUUCAUCUUGCCUAAAUAUCCCUACCACAGCAAGAGCGCCAGGAUGAGCUAUUGCGAAAAGGCAAAGCCGUCAGCUUCGCUGAUGAACUCAAUCGAAAAGAGGCAGCACUGCUCAGAAGUGGUCGCGGAGCAGCCUCUUCUAGCCUGGCCAAUGUGCUUCUCGAGGGUACUCAGAUGCGACUGGCCAAGCUACUCGAUGAAGACGCGCUGAAAAAACGUGGUGCUGCAUUAGGUCUAGGUGGAGGCGAGUCGUUGUCAUCUGGCGCAAACGAGUCGUUGUCAAGAGAGGACAAAUUGAAAGCGUUACAGGAAUUAGCGUCGACUGGUUCUUCAACAUUAGCGCAAAAAGUGAUAGACACUUGUGCGAAGACGGAAAGUACAAUUUUGCAAAACGAAGCUGCUGCGAACCGAACGGUUACGACAUCUUCGUCUUCGACAUCUUCAGGUCGAAAAGGUGGAGCUGCCUCGAAUACAACUACCUCUUCUUCUACUGCUGCAACCCGGCAACAACUCCUACGAAAGCUGUAUCUCGCCUUGGACAGAGCUUCGGCACCGAGCAAAAACGCUGUUCUGACAGCAGACCAGGAGGUGGAUGGUCCUCGAGGUCGCGCAGCGGUGUUUUUAACUAAAUUGAAGCGCAUAACCGAGGACGUGAAGGCUCAAAGGCUGAAGGAUGGCGAUAUUGAACAACUUCGCAAGGCGGACUCUCGAAGUUCUGGUGACGCGAUGGCUUUGAGCACUCGGCGUCGCGCAUACCGCCGAAGGGUUCUGCUCGAUGCGAUCCGACGAAAUACAGACUGUAAUGCAGAAGAUGCUGAUGUGGUGGACGAAGAAGGUGCGCAAGGAACAUCAACGAGCAAACGUGUCGUCCACAUUGACGAGAAAAACUUGCGUGCUUUAUUCCAGCCUUCACUCGGUGGCGCACAAGAUUUGGUUAAAGCUGCACAGACGGCGUUGUUAAACACUUCAGACAGCGCCACCAGAACCAAUAUGCGCAAAGCGUUGGCAAGUUUAGGUUUGAGUGAACGGUUGACAUCACAUGCAGGAUUGGAUCGAGCAGGGAACUUGACGACAGCUUCUACUAGCGGUGGCUCCUCAUCUUCCUCUUCAGGAGAUUUCAUCCGCAACGCACAUCAUCCAGCCCUAUUGCCUUCAACCUGUGGAGAACGUGAUUUUAGUGUGUCUCGGAAUCGUGACGCUAAUAUUGCGGAUGUGGACCUGUACAGCGCCAACGAUGGGUGGCACGUUGUCUACAGCAAAGGCCACCUUGCAGCGACGUAUUGGCAUGAUGGAGACGAAAAGUCUGGCGGAGCAAACGCAGAGAACAAGUCUGGGAAUACUCGAAGUAGCACAGGGACAGGAGACGUAGAGAUGACAGACGCUCCCGCCACAUCGUCCUCAGCUGGUCAUCUAACUUCUUGGAGUAUCAAAGUGUCAGAGAAGCCACUUCUUCUGGCAGCUUGUGGAACGAUCACUCUCCUGUGUUGGGAAGACCACUUUUCCAUCUACCACACAGAAACGGGAAUGAUCGUUUUGCCCGUGUCUUUUUUGCCUGAUCAGGGGAAGCCAGGUACCAGAUCAAAAUAUUGAAUAGAGUACUAGAUUAAAAUUUCUUAUAGAUGAUGAACGCAAAGCCAAAGCUACUCGUAUUUUCAAAUCCUUUUCAACAUCGAGACUUCUUUUCAAUAAACAAUCAUCCGCCAUCCUCCAUGAUUCUUCACUCUCCAACACACAGCCAGCAUAGCGGUAUGUCCGAAGCGCUUGAUGGUUCUGACAACCGACGGAUGGCUUUAUUGUUGGGAGUAUCAUGGCUUGAGGCCUGGCGUAUCGCCGAUAUCACUCAAAUUUGAGAGCAGGGUCACGCAUUUCGCACAGAUCACGGCUAUUGGUUUUCGUGGUAGCGACUGCGUUCCAGUGUUGGAAGCGAGACAGGUACCUAAACCUGAUCAGUGAUCACUGAAUAAAUAAAAAAGCCUCCAGCAGAACCAACAUGUCAGUAUGAAGAUCACGUUGUUUAUAUUGCCGUUCCUAACUCAAAAAACCUGACAAAUGCAGCUCGCUCCCGCCUCCACCUCGUCAACCCGCAUCUCACCGGCCCUUCGCGAAAUCCAGUAUGUUUGGAACGACCAAGUGAAAGCUUUCCAGCUUGUCCGACAGGAAGAGGCUUCACCUGCAACAUUUUUCUCUCAUGUUCUGCUGGGAGAUCGCAGGGCAGCGAACGAAACCUUGGACGCUUUUUUGCAUGUUUGCAAUGACGACCCUGCUGCCGGUCCAACUGCAGUAGCGCAAUUCUGUGCGACGUUGAGGUGUGUCUACGACGACGACGACGACGACAACGCAAAAAUGUCAACAGCAGGCUCAGGUACUGGGUGGCAAGCGCAAGAACAACAGUCAUCUACUAGUAUGACUAGUGGUGGUGGUUUUGGAAGAUUUAGGUCAGCUUCAGGCAAUCGCAAUAAAGCCAAGACCAGCAAAAAUCCAAAGCCUUUUCUCCUGCGCCGUCUAGAGAAGAUGUAUCUUCAAUCAUCACAGGCCUUUCUGAGGCAUUGGGUCUUACCCAAGAUCGCUCUGCAUCACCAACUCCAGAAGGUCUAUGAAGAGGAGCUAGACACUCAAGACAGUGACACUAGCGGACGUGACACGUUAGUGACAGACAUGGCUGAAAGGAGGAAGCUUUUUGAUAUCUGAACAUCAGCAUUGUUGGUUCAGAUAAAACGUUGUUGUUGUCCAAGAUCCAAGCGUAUAGAUUUUGUGCGCGCACACGCCAUCAUCAUCAAUCCACUUCCACAGAAUAUCCACAAGAAAGGUUUGUGU